AAGGGCUCUUAGCAAGUUUUUCUAGCUUUCUUUCUUUCAUGUUUUUUUCGGGAAAAAAAUUAAUUUGGCAUUGCUUGAGCACGACUUUCGCCAGGCGAUAGUGGGCAGACUGAUACUCUGCUAGCUACAUGGACGUGUACGUACCAGUUACAUAGAGCGCAUGUUAGCUAACAGCCCAACGAACCCUAAUGUAGAAUCUUCUGUUUGCCUCUUCUAUUUCAUACAUACUCCAUUAUCUUUUCACCAUUCAGCAUCUCUUUACGAAAAUUCAGCAGUCUGAUCUUUGGUAUCAUGGAAGAGCAGAAUCAGCCAAAUGCCCUAGAAGCACAAUGGGGAUUUCUUGGAAGUACAAAUGAUUCUUAUUUUCUAGCGGGCCCUGAACUUAACAAGCAGUACAUGGCAGGAGUUGGAAUUGAUGGGAUCCAUUAUCUUCCUGUGCCUUCACCUCAGUGGAUCCAUAACCAGCAAACACCACAAAAUUAUGUUGAAUAUCUUGCAGAGAAUUUGGUCUCUGAGGUUCAAGUUGAUGCUUCCGCAGAAGCUUCUGGUUUCAGACUAGUUGAUGGCUUUGCUGACAUGAUUGCGCAGGAGAUAAGAUAUCCGAGUCCUUAUCAUGAAGGGGUUCCACUCGACUUUUUAAUUGGCUCAGAACAUCAAGUUGGUGCCUUGACAUGGGAGCCAACAGGAGAUGUCAGGCAUGCUUCUGGACCUUGCGCUGAAGCAUUAGCUGCUGGAUCAUCGUAUCCUUCCAAAAGUUCUAGAAAAUCAAGGGCUGCAUUGUCUGAUCAGGUAAGCCUAAAUCCUUCAAUCCUCUCUUGCUGUAUGCAUUGUCUGAUUGGGGAUUGAUUAUUUUCUUGCAGCUUUUAUAUACUGACUGUGCCUAUCCAACCACCUUUAAAGAGUAGUACAAAUAUUACUGGCUCUUUGUUAUUUGUUGUUGACAUACAAGUUGUCUAGCACAUGUAGACACAUGUACUACAUCAUAGCUAGCACAUGUAUAUGAGUUGUAUAGUAGGUAUAAUUAGGUGUAUGGCAACUAAUAGAUUAGGCGAAUUAGUAUUAUAAAUAGGCCUUGUAAUCUUCUCUUCUAGAUAUGAAAUAUAGAACUUCUUUGGUUUCUAACAUGGUAUCAGAGCAUUGAAGUUUUUUCAUCAGUUUGUUGUUGGGAAUUUUUUUUUCCCCGUUCGAAUUAUUUUUGUUCAGAACAGUCUUUCGCUGCUUUGAUUCUAUUUCACUAUUUCCGGCCAUUUUUUGCCCCGGCCGCUUCUUUACAGAUUUUUCUACUCACUAUUCCGACCAAAGUGGUAUUGUCAGAAUUUUUUUUUUCCUGACAACUUUCAUUUUCCAAGAUCACUGUUCCGGCACUGU